UCAAUAAAUCAAUCCAUUUCUCUAAUCUUCCGAUCAUUCUUUCUUACUGUGCAGUUUUUGUAAUUCCUUUCUUCUAGCAAUUUCCUUUCAACAGUUGCCAUGGAUACUCCAUCAUCAACCGUCCCAUCAUCUACAGCAAGCAACACCAACCUAUUGACUAAUUCAAAUCGAUCUGCCCUUAUUGACAUAUCAAAUGAUUCUCCCAUCGUUGGUCUUGAAACCGGAAGCUUGAAAACUCCUUCUUCUGGGAUUUCUAAAAUGAAAACUCUCGGGUCAGGGGAGUCUAUAUUGAGAGGUCAAGUCAAGAACCUUCUACAGAAAGUGGAAGAAGAAGCAGAAAUUACCAAGAAUGCAGAUAUUACUUAUACCCUUCAAACUCCAUGCCUUUUCAACCAGGAAUCAUUUGAAUAUGUUUGCUUUAAUGAUUCUGUAGUUCAAGAAAAUGUCAAGAUCUCUCAGGAGGGUUCUGAUGUAAUGAUUAGCAGGUCUUUGCUUUCUGAACUGUCGGGUAAAUUAGGAGGAGGCAAGAGUGAGAAUUCGUCGUCAGUAUCGACAGAGGAGGAUGACAAUUCUUCUGUUUGGUCAAUUCAAGUGAACGCAAGCAGCAGGGAUGAGAAAGAGGAAGAAGAAGAAGAAGAAGAAAUUGAAGAAGGAGAAGUUGAUGAGCUUUGUGAAGUGAUGAAGAAGAUGAAUGUUGUGGGAAAGCACACCAGAUUUGUGUACGAUAGUGAAGAUGAACUGGUGAAGGAAGAACAAGUGGAGGAUGAAGAAGAAGAAGGUAUACUGAAGUUGAAGGGUCUGCCUACUCCACAAGGGAAACAUGUUCGAUUCCCACUGGAGGAUGAAGAAGAUGAAUAGUUUGUUUGAUAAUCAAUCGUUGUUUCGUUUUUCAUUUCUUUAAUAUGUACCAAGAACAUGAACAAGAACAAGAAGAAAGAAUCAAAUUUAUGUACCAAGGAUAAAUUUGAUUGAUUGAUCGAUCUUACAUA